AGCUGAGUUGGACGUUAUAAAGAUAUGUACAGAUUUCCUCAUCACUCACAAAGACGAACAGAAAUCCCAGUCUAAAUGGAUCAUAAUUCAAGUUUUUUCUAUUUUACAUAACAUAGCCAGAAUGAAGGAAGUGAUGAGCUAUUUCACAUUAAAUAAUACAUUCAAAGCUAUUAAAAACAUGGAAAUCAAAUGUGAAGACACAUUGACUGUUGCAACAGUUUUGCUGUUGGAUUUAGCAUAUGAUUCAACCACAUAUACAGACGCAAUAAGUAUUCUAAACGAUUAUGCAAAACAAAUGAUUGGCGUCAACGUAAAAGAAAUAAACGGCACAGAUUUCCAAAGAUUCAAGAAGUCAAUAAGAUGUUAUGCUACGAUUACAGUUCUUAAACAAAACAAACAGACACCAAGCCGUGAAGAAUUACAGGACUUUGUUUCUGACGUAAUGUCCGAGUUUUCAAACAUGAGAAUUUUUGACCCUGUACAUUUCUUCAUGUACCAGAGAUGUUUAAAAACAAUUAGCUCUGCUGUGAAUGAGUGUGAUCGACUGACGUUUUUCUCUUUACUAUUAAAACUUAACUAUACUGAUUAUGCUAUCAAAAGUUUGGAAGAAAAAAAUCUUCUCAAUACAACAGCACCAGGAUUUGAGAUGUCUUUAGUUAGUGAUGUGCUGAUUCUGUUGUGUGUCGGUAGUGGUUGUAGUCCAGAUUUUGCUCUGAAAUUGGCUGAGUUGAAUAUAGUCAAAGUGUUUACUGAUUUUCUUAUUGAAAGCAAAAAUUUGCAGAAUACGCAUUCUCGAUUCAUAACUAAACGAGUAAUUGACAUUCUCCUCAACAUAGCCCGCAGAGAAUGUGUAAAGAAAUAUUUUACUAGUAACAACACUGCUGAAGCUAUAUUGAAUAUGAAAUGUAUGGACGAUUGCACGUCGUUUUUAUCAAAACUUUUGGUUCUACUAUUAGAGGAGGACAAUAUCUUGGAAAAAGAGGAGAUAAGAAAAGUAAAACGUAGUGUAAAAGAAAUAUUAAUACCGGCGGUAAGAUGGAAGACUAGAGAACUAUCUGAUGUCCCACUUUCUGUACUGCUUCAAGGACUAAGUAAAUUUACAGAGCAAGAUGAAUAUUUGAACGAGAUUUUACCACUUGUUCCACGACUAAAAGAAAUUCUUUCACAUGAAGAUAUAGAGGAACAUAUAUUUACUACCAAAUGUAUUAGAGAGUUGAGUAGAUUACCUAAAGCAAGUGAAAAAUUCAUUAGAGACGAAACAUUAAGUGAUUUGUUAAAUAAAGCAUUAAGCAGAGGCCACAAGGAUAUCUCAGCAAAUGUACAUUCUAUUCGUUGGAGAUCUGGGCGUGCUACAGGAAUGUUGCCAUGCAAAGCAGACUUUGUAGUUUCUGAGGAGUUUCCCAAAGAAUUUCAAAUUGAACCGAACCCGUUAGCCCAUGGAGGUUUUGGUAGCGUUCAUCUCGUCAAUGAUAUAAAUGGGCCUAAAGAUGUGAAAUUUGUUACAAAGAAAAUGUUCCAAAAACUAAAUGACUCCCCGAGAUAUAUGGAAAGUUUUCAAAAAGAAGCGUCGAUAUUAAUUAGACUCAAGCACGAGAGGAUUGUACAAUUUCACGGAUUUCAAAAGACAGAAAAUGAACUAUUGUUAUUUAUGGAGUUUGUUAAAAUGGGAACACUUUCUGCGUUCAUCAAACAACACACAAAACUAAACGAAGAUGUGACACGAAAGUUUACAAUUCAAAUUCUUGAAGGCGUGAAAUAUUUGCACAAAAAUAAAGUUUUACAUUUGGACAUCAAAGGUAACAAUAUUUUGAUGGCUGACGAAGCAAAUAUAAAACUAACAGACUUUGGUUUGUCGACAAUACUAAACGAGGAAGAAGGAGUUGAAGCAGAAACGGGCACAACACGAUAUAUGGCACCAGAGAUGAUUAACUGCCCUGAUGGUAGAAUAUUUAAACACGCUUCUAGUCUAGAUAUUUGGAGUGUGGGCUGUACUGUUGUAGAGAUGAUAACAGGAUCACCACCCAAUGCUACAACUACAUCAGUCCAAGUACUUUUUAAAAUGGCGAUGCUACAGAAACCAAAAUAUGAGUUACCAGAUACAGCUUCAGAACACUUAAAGGAAUUUUUAGAAAAGACUUUUAAAGUACGCGCAGCAAAAAGACCAUCGGCAGACACUUUGCUGAGAGAAGACCCAUUUGUGACUAUCAAAAGACGAAGGUUACAUUAG